AUGUAUGCUGGUUCUACUCGGCAAAGGCGUCGGGUUGUGGAGCGUGCACGUCGGCGCAGCGUGAUCCGAAAGAUGCCAAUACAGUUGAAGAACUUGGAUCGCCUGGUACACUGGACUGAUGCGGCUUGCAUUGCCAAUUUGAGAAUGGAUCGUAACACAUUCGCAAGGCUGUGUCGUAUACUUUCUGGUCGUGGUGGUCUCACAAUCAAGAAAUGUCUAGGGAUUGAAGAACAAACUGCUAUAUUUCUGUCUAUACUUGCGCACCAUAAAAAAAACCGUGUUGUUAGCCAAAACUUUUGGCGUUCGGGGGGAACUGUAUCGCGAUGUGUGCAUAACGUUCUAGCUGCUGUUCUUAGCCUCCAUUCUAUACUGCUUUCGAAGCCGAAACCAGUGCCAAAUGAUUGCACGGAUUAUAGAUGGAAAUGGUUCAAGGGAUGUCUUGGUGCUCUUGACGGCACACACAUUAAUGUUUUGGUUAGCAACGAGGACAAACCUAGGUACAGAUCCAGGAAAGGGCAAAUAUCGACAAACACUCUUGCGGUGUGUGACCGUAACAUGCAGUUUGUUUAUUUGCUCCCUGGAUGGGAGGGGUCGGCUGGUGAUUCUCGUGUAUUAAGGGACGCCGUAUCCCGUGAGGGUGGGCUGAAAGUGCCACAAGGGUGUUACUAUCUGUGCGAUAAUGCUUAUGCAAACAGUAGUGGCUUUCUAACUCCUUACAAGGGGGUUAGGUAUCAUUUGAAGGAAUGGGGGCCAGGCACCGAGAUGCCGCAGAACACAAAAGAAAUUUUCAACAUGAGGCACACGAAGGCAAGAAAUGUUAUCGAACGAGCUUUUGGAGUAUUGAAAAUGCGCUGGGGAAUUCUGCGGAGUGCAUCCUUUUAUCCAAUCAAAACGCAAAUACGUCUGAUUAUGGCAUGUUUCCUCCUCCAUAACUUUAUUAGACGUGAGAUGGAAAUUGAUCCCGCCGAAAUUGAAUUAGACGGAGUUAGUACGGCUGUUGAGGAAGACAACAUUGGACUAGACUAUGUUGAUUGCGUGGAGCCGUCAUCAGAGUGGACUAACUUGAGGGAUAGCAUAGCAUUAGAUAUGUGGAAUAACUUCUAG